AUGGGCUCAACCCCUAGUGUUCUUGUGAUGUUAUUUGCUCUUUUUUUCAUUGAAAGACUUGAGUUCAUUUGUAGUAAUACAAAUUCAAAUCUGAGUUGCAUAGCGAGUGAGAGAGAAGCUCUUAUGAAAUUCAAAGGAAAUCUCACAGAUGAAGCAAACCGUUUAUCCUCGUGGGUCGGAAAGGACUGUUGCACGUGGAAGGGUGUUGGUUGUAGCGAUAAAACAGGCCAUGUUGUGAAGCUUGAUCUGCAUUAUCCAAUUUUCGACGACCAUGAUCCAAAUUUCCAAAUGAACCAAUUGCGUGGUCAGAUAAGUCCUUCCUUACUUGAUUUAAAUCAUUUGAAUUACCUAGACUUGAGCAUGAAUUCAUUUUAUGGUCCGCUGCCAUCAUCACUCGGAAGACUAUCAUAUUUGAGAGUGUUAUAUACUGGAGACAAUCAAUUGAAUGGGAGCAUUCCAAUUAGUCUUGGACAACUUUCAAAACUAGAAUAUCUAGAUUUGUCAAACAAUUCAUUUGUUGGCACCGUAUUUGAACUUCACUUUGCCAAACUCAAGAGUUUAAAUGAAUUGUACUUGCAUUCAAAUUCAUUAGUUUUGAAUGUGACCUCGCAAUGGAUUCCUCCCUUUCAACUCCAAGUCAUACAAUUGUCAUCCAUCACAGUAGGACCCCAAUUUCCUCAAUGGCUCGAAACACAAAAAAAUGUUACACAUUUAUACAUGUCUAAUGCAAGCAUCUCAGAUGUCAUUCCUGAUUGGUUUGAGAGUAUUUAUUGUGGCACUAUAUACUUGGAUCUUUCCAACAACCAGAUCAAAGGAAAGGUGCCAAUAUCUCAAAAAUGUAAAUAUAGAUAUGGUAAUGGUGCUGGUGAUAAAGAGUUACUAUUGAGUUCUAACAGAUUUGAGGGCCCACUAACCCUUCCUUCAGAUUUUUAUUUCUUAGAUCUCUUCAACAACUUGCUUUCAGGACCUAUUACUGUGAGUGAUGAUAAUGCGACGAUGAGAUUCAUGUAUCUUGUUCUCUCAAAUAACCAUUUGACUGGUGUCAUUCCAGUGUCUUUGUGCAAGGCAAAGGAUAUAACUCUUAUUGAUUUCUCAAACAAUCAGUUAUUAGGAAAAAUUCCUCCUUGCUUGGGGUAG